AUGCCGCUCUGGCGGUUUGCUCACGCCUCGUGGACGCCUUUGAGAAAGUUUGCCUCGCGUUCAAACGGAUCGGCUGACUCGGACCUCGAACUAGCGAGGUCGUGGCUGAACGCCUUGCACUCCCGCACCAUCCCCCGCCAUAUCGGCCAGGUCUCCUUCAGCCGUUCAAGCGGUCCUGGAGGGCAGAACGUGAACAAGUCGGUGCAACCCGAGAUCAUCCCCAACCCCCCAUCUCUCCGUAUCGGAGAAGGUCAAUUCCAAGGCCACGUUGAAGGUCCCAUUGGCGGCCCUGUUGCCGUUGGUGCCAAGUUUGUUGCACCCCAAGCUACGGGAGUCCCGCUAUGCGACCGACAGGUCCCAGACGCUGGUGAUACAAUCCGACGAAUCCCGGCAGCAAUCGAGUAA